AUGGAGAAGGAGGAGGAGACGACCCGGGAGCUGUUGCUGCCCAACUGGCAGGGCAGCGGCUCCCAUGGGCUGACCAUUGCCCAGAGGGACGACGGCGUCUUUGUGCAGGAGGUGAUGCAGAACUCCCCUGCGGCCCGCACUGGGGUGGUCAAGGAGGGGGACCAGAUUGUGGGUGCCACCAUCUACUUUGACAACCUGCAAUCAGGCGAGGUGACCCAGCUGCUGAACACCAUGGGGCACCACACCGUGGGCCUGAAGCUUCACCGCAAGGGCGACCGCUCCCCUGAGCCUGGCCAGACCUGGACCCACGAAGUCUUCAGCUCCCGAAGCUCCGAGGUGGUUCUGAGCGGGGAUGAUGAGGAGUACCAGCGCAUCUACACCACGAAGAUCAAGCCUCGGCUGAAGUCGGAGGAUGGCGUAGAAGGGGAUCCUGGGGAGACCCAGAGCCGCACCAUCACAGUGACUAGAAGGGUCACGGCCUACACUGUUGAUGUGACAGGCCGUGAAGGUGCCAAGGACAUCGACAUCAGCAGCCCUGAGUUCAAGAUCAAGAUUCCACGGCAUGAACUGACUGAAAUCUCCACUGUGGAUGUGGACACCCACCCUGGCAAGACAGUGAUCAGACUGCCCUCGGGCUCGGGGGCAGUGUCUCCGACCACAGGCUCUGUCGUGGACAUCCGAGCGGGGUCCGUUUCCGCUUCGGUACCAGAGCUCCAAGGUGCUGGCCACUCGAAGCUCCAGGUCACCAUGCCUGGGAUAAAGGUGGGAAGCCCAGGCGUCAGCGUCAGUGCGAAGGGCUUGGACUUGGGUGGCAAAGGAGGGGCCCAAGUUCCAGGAGUGGACAUUUCGUCUUCUCUUGGGGGUGGGGCAGUAGAGGUGCAGGACCCAUCUCUUGAGAGUGGCAGUAAUGGGAAAAUUAAAAUUCCCACUAUGAAAGUGCCAAAAUUUGGUGUCCCAACGGGGCCUGAGGGCCAGGUGCCAGUGGCAGGGUUGAGUGUUUCUGCACCUGAAUUCUCUGUGGGGCACAAGGGAGGCAAGCCAGGCCUGACCAUUGGUGGGAACAUCCAGACCCCAAUACAACAUGCCAGUAUUGAGGGGCUUGAGGGGAAGCUGAAAGGCCCCCAAAUCACUGGGCCAUCACUUGAGACUGGUCUAGGCCUGAAAGGUGCCAAGUCACAGGGGAGCAUCGGGGUGGAUGUCUCUGUGCCCAAGAUUGAGGGCACCAUCACUGGCUCCAAUGUGGAAGUUCAAGCCCCUGACGUUGAUAUUCACGGGCCUGGGGGCAAACUGAAUAUGCCCAAGAUGAAAGUUCCCAAAUUCUCUGUAUUAGGUUCUAAGGGAGAGGGAGCUGGCAUUGAUGUGACAGGUGCAGUGACUCUUCCUGGGGUCUCUGGGAACAUCAGUCUGCCUGAAGUUGCUGCCGGGGGGCUGGAAGGGAAGGUGAAGGGUACGAAAGCCAAGACUCCUGAAAUGAUUAUUCAAAAACCUAAAAUCUCCAUGCAGGAUGUGGAUCUGAGCCUUGGGUCUCCUAAACUGAAAGGAGAUAUUAAGGUUUCUGCGCCUGGGGUGCACGGUGAUGUUAAAGGCCCUCAAGUGGCAGUGAAAGGCACCAAAAUGGACAUAGAGACACCUAGCCUUGAGGGGACUUUGACAGGACCCAAGCUUAGUAGUCCUUCUGGGAAAACAGGCACCUAUGGGAUCUCUAUGGCAGAUGUAGACUUAAAUGUGACUGCCCCUAAAGUGAAAGGGGGUGUGGAUGUUGUACUCCCAAAAGUAGAAGGGAAAGUCAAAGUCCCUCAAGUUGACAUCAAAGGACCCAAAGUGGACGUCAGGGCCCCAGAUGUGGAAGUGCAUGGCCCAGAAUGGAACCUGAAAGUGCCCAAGUUCAGUGCUCCAGGAGUUGGAGGGGAAGGCCCAGAUGUAGAUGUGAAACUACCCAAAGGAGAUGUCAGUAUUUCAGGGCCCAAGGUCAACGUGGAGGCCCCAAAUGUCAACAUAGGGGGCCUGGGAGGCAAACUUAAAGGCCCUGAUAUUAAGCUGCCUGAAGUCAGUGUCAAGACACCAAAGAUCUCCAUGCCUGAUGUAGACUUACAUGUUAAAGGCCCAAAGGUAAAAGGAGAAUAUGAGGUAACAUCCCCAAAACUUGAAGGAGAACUGAAAGGCCCCAAAAUGGACAUUGAUGCCCCGGAUGUGGAUGUUCAUGGCCCAGACUGGCAUCUGAAGAUGCCCAAGAUGAAAAUGCCCAAAUUCAGUGUUCCAGGGCUCAAAGCGGAGGGCCCAGAAGUGGAUGUGAAUCUUCCCAAGGCUGAUGUGGACAUUUCUGGGCACAAGGUAGAUGUUAGUGGUCCAGAUGUGAGCAUUGAGGGACCAGACGGGAAAUUGAAGGGACCUAAGUUUAAGAUGCCUGAGAUGAAUAUCAAAGCCCCGAAGAUCUCCAUGCCAGAUGUGGACUUACAUCUGAAAGGCCCUAAGGUAAAAGGAGAAUACGAUGUCACAGUGCCAAAAGUUGAAGGUGAGAUUAAAGUUCCUGAUGUUGAACUUAAAAGUGCCAAAGUGGAUAUUGAUGCUCCAGAUGUUGAUGCUCACGGCCCAGAUUGGCACCUGAAGAUGCCCAAAAUGAAAAUGCCCAAGUUCAGCAUGCCUGGCUUCAAAGCAGAGGGCCCAGAAGUGGAUGUGAACCUGCCCAAGACAGACGUUGACAUCUCAGGACCCACAGCGGACAUUGAAGUUCCAGAUGUGAAUAUUGAAGGACCCGAAGGAAAGCUGAAGGGUCCCAAGUUUAAGAUGCCUGAAAUGAAUAUUAAGGCCCCAAAGAUCUCUAUGCCUGAUGUAGAUUUGCAUAUGAAAGGUCCCAGGGUAAAAGGAGAAUAUGAUGUUACAGUGCCAAAGCUGGAAGGGGAACUCAAAGGGCCAAAAGUAGACGUCAGUGCCCCCGAUGUUGACGUUCAUAGUCCUGAAUGGAACCUAAAGAUGCCCAAGAUGAAAAUGCCCAAAUUUACCAUGCCCAGCCUCAAAGGGGAGGGCCCAGAAGUGGAUGUGAACCUGCCAAAGGCUGAUGUGGACAUUUCGGCACCCAAGAUAGAUAUUAGUGCUCCAGACUUGAGCCUUGAAGGACCAGAAGGAAAGUUGAAAGGUCCAAAGUUUAAGAUGCCUGAGAUGCACUUCAAAGCCCCUAAGAUGACUCUGCCAGAUGUUGACUUGGAUCUUAAAGGACCCAAAAUGAAAGGAAAUCUAGAUAUGUCUGCACCAAAAAUAGAAGGUGAAAUGAAAGUUCCAGAUGUGGACAUCAAAGGACCUAAGGUAGACAUUAAAGCACCAGAUGUGGAAGUCCAAGGUGCAGACUGGAGCCUGAAAAUGCCCAAGAUGAAAAUGCCCAAGUUCAGCAUGCCCAGCCUCAAGGGGGAGGGCCCAGAAGUGGAUGUGAACCUGCCCAAGGCUGACAUUGACAUCUCUGGACCCAAGGUGGACAUUGAAGCCCCGGACGUGAGCCUUGAAGGUCCAGAAGGGAAGCUGAAAGGCCCUAAGUUUAAGAUGCCUGAGAUGCACUUCAAGGCUCCCAAGCUCUCCAUGCCUGAUGUGGACUUACACUUGAAAGGUCCCAAAGUGAAAGGGGAUGUGGAUGUGUCUGUGCCCAAGAUAGAAGGUGAAAUGAAAGUGCCAGAUGUGGACAUCAAAGGCCCCAAAGUGGACAUUGAUGUCCCAGAUGUGGAUGUUCAUGGCCCAGACUGGAACUUGAAAAUGCCCAAGAUGAAAAUGCCCAAAUUUAGCGUGCCUGGCUUCAAAGGCGAGGGCCCAGAAGUGGAUGUGAACCUGCCCAAGGCUGACGUUGACGUAUCUGGCCCCAAGGUGGACAUUGAAGCCCCAGAUGUGAGCCUUGAGGGCCCAGAAGGGAAACUGAAGGGCCCCAAGUUUAAGAUGCCUGAGAUGCACUUCAAGGCUCCCAAGAUGUCCAUGCCUGAUGUGAACUUGAAUCUUAAGGGGCCAAAACUGAAGGGAGAUGUGGAUGUGUCUGUGCCUGAUGUAGAAGGUGAAAUUAAAGUGCCAGAUGUUGACAUUAAAGGGCCCAAAGUUGACAUCAGUGCUCCAGAUGUGGAUGUUCAUGGGCCAGACUGGCACCUGAAGAUGCCCAAGAUAAAAAUGCCCAAGAUCAGCAUGCCAGGUUUCAAAGGAGAGGGCCCAGAAGUGGAUGUGAACCUGCCCAAGGCUGACAUUGAUAAAGGAGAGGGCCCAGAAGUGGAUGUGAACCUGCCCAAGGCUGACAUUGAUGUCUCAGGACCCAAGGUGGAUGUUGAAGUUCCAGAUGUGAAUAUUGAUGGUCCAGAUGCAAAAGUAAAAGGUCUUAAAUUUAAGAUGCCAGAAAUGAAUAUAAAGCCUCAGAAGAUAUCCAUGCCAGAUGUUGGUUUGCAUUUGAAAGGUCCUAAAAUGAAAGGAGAUUAUGAUGUUACAACUCCAAAGGUAGAAGGAGAGAUAAAAGCUCCUGAUGUUGACAUCAAAGGGCCCAAAGUGGACAUUAAUGCACCAGAUGUGGGGGUUCAUGGCCCAGACUGGCACCUGAAGAUGCCCAAGGUGAAAAUGCCCAAGUUCAGCAUGCCAGGCUUCAAAGGAGAGGGCCCAGAAGUGGAUGUAAACCUGCCCAAGGCUGACAUUGAUGUCUCUGGGCCCAAGGUGGACAUUGAUGUUCCAGAUGUGAAUAUUGAAGGUCCAGAGGGGAAACUAAAGGGUCCCAAGUUUAAGAUGCCAAGCAUGAAUAUACAGACACACAAAAUCUCUAUGCCUGAUGUUGGACUUAAUCUGAAAGCCCCUAAACUGAAAACUGAUGUCGAUGUUUCCCUUCCCAAAGUGGAAGGAGACUUGAAAGGUCCUGAAAUUGACAUGAAGGCCCCGAAGAUGGAUGUGGAUGUUGGUGAUAUUGAUAUUGAAGGUCCAGAAGGAAAGCUGAAGGGCCCUAAGUUUAAGAUGCCUGAGAUGCACUUCAAGACCCCCAAGCUCUCCAUGCCUGAUGUGGACUUACACUUGAAAGGUCCCAAAGUGAAAGGGGAUGUGGAUGUGUCUGUGCCCAAGAUAGAAGGUGAAAUGAAAGUGCCAGAUGUGGACAUCAAAGGCCCCAAAGUGGACAUCGAUGUCCCAGAUGUGGAUGUUCAUGGCCCAGACUGGCACCUGAAAAUGCCCAAGGUGAAAAUGCCCAAGUUCAGCAUGCCUGGCUUCAAGGGUGAGGGCCCAGAUGUGGAUGUGAACCUGCCCAAGGCUGACAUUAAUGUGUCUGGCCCCAAAGUGGACAUUGAUGCUCCUGAUUUGGAUAUUGAAGGACCAGAAGGAAAAUUAAAGGGCUCUAAAUUUAAGAUGCCUAAGUUGAAUAUCAAAGCUCCUAAGAUAUCCAUGCCAGAUGUGGACUUGAAUUUGAAGGGACCCAAAGUGAAAGGAGAAAUAGAUGCUUCCGUGCCUGAACUAGAAGGUGAUCUCAGAGGUCCACAAGUUGAUAUCAAAGGUCCUGGUGUGGAUGUGGAGAUGCCUGAUGUUGACCUGGAAUGUCCUGAUGCAAAGUUGAAAGGCCCUAAGUUUAAGAUGCCCGAGAUGCACUUCAAGGCUCCCAAGCUCUCCAUGCCUGAUGUGGACUUACACUUGAAAGGUCCCAAAGUGAAAGGGGAUGUGGAUGUAUCUGUGCCCAAGAUAGAAGGUGAAAUGAAAGUGCCAGAUGUGGACAUCAAAGGCCCCAAAGUAGACAUUGAUGUCCCAGAUGUGGAUGUUCAUGGCCCAGACUGGAACUUGAAAAUGCCCAAGAUGAAAAUGCCCAAAUUUAGCGUGCCUGGCUUCAAAGGCGAGGGCCCAGAAGUGGAUGUGAACCUGCCCAAGGCUGACGUUGACGUAUCUGGCCCCAAGGUGGACAUUGAAGCCCCAGAUGUGAGCCUUGAGGGCCCAGAAGGGAAACUGAAGGGCCCCAAGUUUAAGAUGCCUGAGAUGCACUUCAAGGCUCCCAAGAUGUCCAUGCCUGAUGUGAACUUGAAUCUUAAGGGGCCAAAACUGAAGGGAGAUGUGGAUGUAUCUGUGCCAAAAUUGGAAGGAGAUUUGAAAGGCCCCAGUGUGGAUGUGGAGAUGCCUGAUGUUGACCUGGAAUGCCCUGAUGCGAAGUUGAAAGGCCCUAAGUUUAAGAUGCCAGACAUGCACUUCAAGACCCCCAAGCUCUCCAUGCCUGAUGUGGAUUUACACUUAAAAGGCCCCAAAGUGAAAGGAGAUAUGGAUGUGUCUGUGCCCAAGAUAGAAGGUGAAAUGAAAGUGCCAGAUGUGGACAUCAAAGGCCCCAAAGUUGACAUUGAUGCCCCAGAUGUGGAUGUUCAUGGCCCGGAGUGGCACCUGAAGAUGCCCAAGAUGAAAAUGCCCAAGUUCAGUAUGCCUGGCUUCAAAGGCGAGGGCCCAGAUGUGGAUGUGAACCUGCCUAAGGCUGACAUUGACAUCUCUGGACCUAGGGUGGACAUUGAAGCCCCGGAUGUGAGCCUUGAAGGUCCAGAAGGGAAGCUGAAAGGCCCUAAGUUCAAGAUGCCUGAAAUGCACUUUCAUGCCCCUAAGAUCUCCAUGCCUGAUGUUGAUUUCAACUUAAAAGGGCCUAAAGUCAAAGGAGACUUGGAUUUUUCUGCCCCAAAGCUGGAGGGAGAGUUAAAGGGUCCAGAAUUGGAUGUGAAAGGCCCCAAAUUGGAUGUUGACAUGCCAGACGUAGCUGUGGAAGGUCCAGAUGGAAAAUGGAAAAGUCCUAAAUUUAAGAUGCCAGACAUGCACUUUAAAGCUCCCAAAAUCUCCAUGCCAGACGUUGAUUUACACUUAAAAAGUCCCAAGAUAAAGGGAGACGUGAAUGUUGAUGUCCCGAAAUUGGAAGGUGACCUCAAAGGGCCAGAUCUCAAAGGUGACAUCAGUGGGCCAGAUAUUGACAUUGAAGGACCAGAGGGCAAAUUGAAAGGUCCCAAGUUCAAGAUGCCUGACAUGCAUUUCAAAGCCCCAAAUAUUUCUAUGCCUGAUGUGGACUUAAAUUUGAAAGGACCCAAAAUCAAGGGGGAUGUUGAUGUGUCUGUGCCUGAGGUAGAAGGUAAAAUUAAAGUACCAGAUGUGAACAUCAAGGGCCCCAAAGUAGACAUAAAUGCUCCUGAUGUUCAUGGCCCAGACUGGCACCUGAAGAUGCCCAAAAUGAAAAUGCCCAAGUUCAGCAUGCCUGGUUUUAAGACAGAGGGCCCAGAAGUAGAUGUGAAUCUUCCCAAGGCUGACAUUGAUGUCUCAGGACCCAAGGUUGACGUUGAAGUCCCAGAUAUGAGCAUUGAGAGUCCGGAGGGAAAGAUCAAAGGGCCUAAAUUUAAAAUGCCAGAAAUGAACAUCAAAGCUCCCAAGAUCUCGAUGCCAGACAUAGAUUUACACUUGAAAGGCCCUAAGGUCAAAGGAGAUGUGGAUGUUUCCCUACCUAAGGUGGAAGGUGACCUAAAGGGCCCCAAAGUGGACAUUGAUGCCCCAGAUGUGGAUAUUCAAAGCCCAGACUGGCACCUGAAGAUGCCCAAGAUGAAAAUGCCCAAGUUCAGCAUGCCAGGCUUUAAAGGAGAGGGCCCAGAAGUGGAUGUGAACCUGCCCAAGGCCGACAUUGAUGUAUCAGCACCCAAGGUGGACAUCGAAGGCCCUGAUGUUAACAUUGAGGGACCAGAGGGAAAGUUGAAAGGUCCCAAGUUCAAGAUGCCUGAGAUGAACAUCAAAGCCCCCAAGAUCUCCAUGCCUGACUUUGAUUUGCACCUGAAAGGUCCUAAGGUCAAAGGAGAUGUGGAUGUUUCCCUGCCUAAGGUGGAAGGUGACCUAAAAGGCCCUGAAGUUGACAUCAAAGGGCCCAAGGUGGACGUUGAUGUCCCAGAUGUGGAUGUGCAUGGCCCAGACUGGCACCUGAAGAUGCCCAAGAUAAAAAUGCCCAAGAUCAGCAUGCCAGGCUUUAAAGGAGAGGGCCCAGAAGUGGAUGUGAACCUGCCCAAGGCCGACAUUGAUGUCUCAGGACCCAAAGUGGAUGUUGAAUGCCCUGAUGUGAAUAUUGAAGGACCUGAAGGAAAGUGGAAAAGUCCAAAGUUUAAGAUGCCUGAAAUGCAUUUUAAGACUCCUAAGAUAUCUAUGCCAGAUAUUGACCUUAAUCUAUCAGGUCCAAAAAUAAAAGGAGAUGUGGAUGUCACAGGUCCUAAGUUAGAGGGAGACCUGAAAGGCCCUGAAGUUGACCUCAAAGGCCCUAAAGUGGACAUUGAUGUCCCAGAUGUGGAUGUUCAUGGCCCAGACUGGCACUUGAAGAUGCCCAAGAUGAAAAUGCCCAAGUUCAGCAUGCCAGGUUUCAAAGGCGAGGGCCCAGAAGUGGAUGUGAACCUGCCCAAGGCCGACAUUGAUGUCUCUGGACCCAAGGUGGACAUUGAUGUUCCAGAUGUCAGUAUCGAAGGUCCAGAUGCAAAAUUGAAGGGCUCCAAGUUCAAGAUGCCAGAGAUGAACAUCAAAGCUCCCAAGAUCAUGCCCAAGGUGAAAAUGCCCAAGUUCAGCAUGCCAGGCUUUAAAGGCGAGGGUCCAGAAGUGGAUGUGAACCUGCCCAAGGCUGAUGUUGAUGUGGCUGGACCCAAGGUGGACAUUGUAGGCCCUGAUGUUAACAUUGAGGGACCAGAGGGAAAGUUGAAAGGUCCCAAGUUCAAGAUGCCUGAGAUGAACAUCAAAGCCCCCAAGAUCUCCAUGCCUGACAUUGAUCUUAACCUGAAGGGCCCUAAAGUGAAGGGUGAUGUGGAUGUGUCUUUACCAAAAGUGGAAGGUGAGAUUAAAGUUCCUGAAGUAGAUAUUAAAGGCCCUAAAGUGGACGUUGAUGUCCCAGAUGUGGAUGUGCAUGGCCCAGACUGGCACCUGAAGAUGCCCAAGAUAAAAAUGCCCAAGAUCAGCAUGCCAGGCUUUAAAGGAGAGGGCCCAGAAGUGGAUGUGAACCUGCCCAAGGCUGACAUUGAUGUCUCUGGACCCAAGGUGGAUAUUGAUGUUCCAGAUGUCAAUAUUGAAGGUCCAGAUGCGAAACUGAAGGGCCCCAAAUUCAAGAGGCCAGACAUGAACAUCAAAGCUCCCAAGAUCUCCAUGCCUGAUUUGGACAUUAAUCUCAAAGGCCCUAAAAUGAAAGGAGAGGCGGAUGUUUCCCUUCCAAACGUAGAAGGUGAUUUGAAAGGACCUACUCUUGACAUCAAGGGCCCAAAGAUAGAUGUAGAUGCUCCAGAUAUUGACAUCCAUGGCCCUGAAGGCAAAUUAAAAGGUCCCAAACUGAAGAUGCCAGACAUGCAUGUGAACAUGCCUAAGAUCUCCAUGCCUGAAAUUGACCUGAAUUUGAAAGGCCCAAAGCUUAAGGGAGAUGUUGAUGUUUCUGGGCCCAAAUUAGAAGGUGACAUUAAAGCUCCCAAGUUGGAUGUAAAGGGUCCAGAAGUGGACAUUUCUGGUCCUAAGCUCAGUCUUGAAGGCAAGUCAAAGAAAUCACGUUUUAAGCUUCCUAAGUUUAAUUUUAUUGAUCUUAACCUGAAGGGCCCUAAAGUGAAGGGUGAUGUGGAUGUGUCUUUACCAAAAGUGGAAGGUGAGAUUAAAGUUCCUGAAGUAGAUAUUAAAGGCCCUAAAGUGGACGUUGAUGUCCCAGAUGUGGAUGUGCAUGGCCCAGACUGGCACCUGAAGAUGCCCAAGAUAAAAAUGCCCAAGAUCAGCAUGCCAGGCUUUAAAGGAGAGGGCCCAGAAGUGGAUGUGAACCUGCCCAAGGCUGACAUUGAUGUCUCUGGACCCAAGGUGGAUAUUGAUGUUCCAGAUGUCAAUAUUGAAGGUCCAGAUGCGAAACUGAAGGGCCCCAAAUUCAAGAGGCCAGACAUGAACAUCAAAGCUCCCAAGAUCUCCAUGCCUGAUUUGGACAUUAAUCUCAAAGGCCCUAAAAUGAAAGGAGAGGCGGAUGUUUCCCUUCCAAACGUAGAAGGUGAUUUGAAAGGACCUACUCUUGACAUCAAGGGCCCAAAGAUAGAUGUAGAUGCUCCAGAUAUUGACAUCCAUGGCCCUGAAGGCAAAUUAAAAGGUCCCAAACUGAAGAUGCCAGACAUGCAUGUGAACAUGCCUAAGAUCUCCAUGCCUGAAAUUGACCUGAAUUUGAAAGGCCCAAAGCUUAAGGGAGAUGUUGAUGUUUCUGGGCCCAAAUUAGAAGGUGACAUUAAAGCUCCCAAGUUGGAUGUAAAGGGUCCAGAAGUGGACAUUUCUGGUCCUAAGCUCAGUCUUGAAGGCAAGUCAAAGAAAUCACGUUUUAAGCUUCCUAAGUUUAAUUUUUCGGGCUCCAAAGUUCAGACACCUGAGGUGGAUGCCAAAGUUAAAAAGCCGGAUAUUGAUGUGACAGGUCCAAAAGUUGAUAUUAAUGCUCCUGAUGUUGAGGUCCAAGGAAAAGUGAAAGGAUCCAAGUUCAAAAUGCCUUUCCUGAGUAUUUCAUCUCCUAAAGUUUCUAUGCCUGAUGUGGAGUUAAAUCUGAAAGGCCCUAAAGUCAAAGGAGACUUGGAUGUUACAGCUCCUAAUUUAGAAGGUGACUUGAAAGGACCCAAAGUGGAUAUUAAGGCCCCAGAAGUUCAUCUUGAUGCAGCCGAUGUGGAUGUGCAUGGUCCAGAGUGGAACUUGAAAAUGCCCAAAAUGAAAAUGCCCAAGUUUGGUGUGCCUGGCUUAAAAGCAGAAGGGCCAGAAAUGGCUGUGGAUCUGCCCAAAGGAGAGAUCAACAUAGAGGGUCCCAGAAUGGACAUUGAGGGCCCAGAAAUCAAUGUGGAAGGUGUAGAAGGAGGCUUAAAAGGUCCCAAACUCAAGAUGCCUGACAUGAAUAUCAAAACUCCCAAGAUCUCCAUGCCUGACAUUGAUUUAAACCUGAAGGGCCCCAAGGUGAAAGGUGAUAUUGAUGUUUCUCUGCCCAAAGUUGAAGGGGAUCUGAAAGGGCCAGAGAUCGAUAUCAGAGGCCCUAAAGUGGACGUUGAUGUCCCUGACGUGGAUGUGCAUGGCCCAGACUGGCACCUGAAAAUGCCCAAGGUGAAAAUGCCCAAGUUUAGCAUGCCAGGUUUCAAAGGUGAGGGCCCAGACGUGGAUGUUACUCUCCCUAAGGCUGACAUUGAUAUUUCUGGCCCCAAAGUGGACAUUGAUGCCCCAGAUGUGAAUAUUGAAGGUCCAGAUGCAAAACUGAAGGGCCCCAAGUUCAAGAUGCCUGAGAUGAACAUCAAAGCUCCCAAAAUCUCCAUGCCUGACUUUGAUCUGAACUUAAAGGGCCCCAAAAUGAAAGGUGAUGUGGAUAUGUCUUUGCCAAAAGUAGAAGGUGACUUAAAGGGCCCUGAGGUGGACAUCAAGGGCCCCAAAUUGGACAUUGACACUCCUGAUAUUAACAUUGAAGGCCCAGAGGGAAAAUUGAAGGGGCCCAAAUUCAAGAUGCCAGAGAUGCACCUAAAGACUCCAAAGAUUUCCAUGCCUGACAUUGAUUUAAACCUGAAGGGCCCCAAGGUGAAGGGUGAUGUGGACGUUUCCCUUCCCAAGUUUGAAGGGGAUCUGAAAGGCCCUGAAGUGGACCUCAAAGGUCCCAAGGUGGACAUUGAUGCCCCUGAUGUGGAUGUUCAUGGACCAGACUGGCACCUAAAAAUGCCCAAGAUAAAAAUGCCCAAGAUCAGCAUGCCAGGCUUCAAAGGAGAGGGCCCAGAUGUGGACGUGAACCUGCCCAAGGCCGACAUUGAUGUAUCAGCACCCAAGGUGGACAUCGAAGGCCCUGAUGUUAACAUUGAGGGACCAGAGGGAAAGUUGAAAGACUGGCACCUGAAGAUGCCCAAGGUGAAAAUGCCCAAGUUCAGCAUGCCAGGCUUCAAAGGCGAGGGCCCAGAAGUGGAUGUGAACCUGCCCAAGGCUGACAUUGACCUAUCUGGACCCAAGGUGGACAUUGAUGUUCCAGAUGUGAAUAUUGAAGGUCCAGAUGCGAAACUGAAGGGCCCUAAGUUCAAGAUGCCAGAGAUAAAUAUCAAAGCUCCCAAAAUCUCCAUGCCUGAUGUUGACUUGGAUUUGAAAGGACCCAAAGUCAAAGGAGAUUUUGAUGUGUCUGUCCCUAAGAUUGAAGGUACUUUCAAAGGCCCAGAAGUAGACCUUAAAGGUCCAGGUGUGGAUAUUGAAGGCCCUGAUGUCAAGCUUAGCGGCCCAAAUUUAAAGAUGCCAUCGCUGGAUAUAUCUGCCCCUAAAGUAACUGUUCCUGAUGUUGAUUUGCAUCUCAAGACACCCAAAAUUGGGGUUUCUGGUCCCACGGUAGGUGGUGAACUGGACCUCAAAGGGCCCAAAGUUGAUUUAGAAGCCCCAAGCUUGGACGUACACAUGGAGAGCCCAGAUAUCAAUGUUGAGGGGCCAGAUAUUAAAAUUCCCAAAUUUAAGAAACCCAAGUUUGGAUUUGGGGCAAAAAGUCCCAAAGCUGACCUCAAGCCAGCUUCCUUGGAUGUGGCUGUUCCCGAGGCAGAACUGAACAUCGAGACUCCUGACAUCAGUGUUGGUGGCAAGGGCAAGAAAAGUAAGUUUAAAAUGCCUAAGAUUCACAUGAGUGGUCCUAAAAUGAAGGCCAAAAAACAGGGAUUUGAUUUGAAUGUUCCUGGGGGUGAAGUUGACGCCAGUCUCAAGACUCCUGACGUAGAUGUCAAUGUUGUGGGGCCAGAUGCCACACUUAAAGUUGAUGUGAAAUCCCCCAAAACCAAGAAACCUAUGUUUGGAAAGAUGUACUUUCCCGAUGUAGAAUUUGACAUUAAAUCACCUAAAUUUAAAGCAGAGGCCCCCCUCCCUAGCCCCAAAAUAGAGGGUGAAAUCCAGGCACCUGAUCUGGAUAUUUCUUCAGGGAUUAAUGUGGAAGGUCCUGACCUCAAGCUGAAGGCUCCGAAGUUGAAGGUGCCAGGUAUGGAUGUUUCCGGCCCCAAAAUAGAGGGCGACUUCAAAGGCCCCAGGGUGCAGGCAAACUUGGAUGCACCUGACAUCAACAUUGAAGGCCCAGAUGCUAAAGUCAAAGCACCAUCGUUCGGCAUUUCUGCCCCUCAGGUCUCCACCCCCGAUGUGAACGUUAACUUGAAAGGACCAAAGUUAAAGGGUGAUGUCUCCAGUGUGGGACUGGAAGGACCAGACAUAGAUCUGCAAGGUCCAGAAUCGAAAAUCAAGUUCCCCAAGUUUUCAAUGCCCAAGAUCGGCGUCCCUGGUGUGACAAUGGAAGGCGGAGGAGCUGAGGUCCGUGCCCAGCUGCCUUCUCUUGAAGGAGGCUUGAGUGCACCUGAUGUUAGUCUUGAAGGAACUGAUGUGUCUCUGAAGGGGCCAAGAGUAGACUUGCCUUCAGUGAACCUCUCUAUGCCCACAGUCUCUGGACCUGACCUUGACCUGAAUUUGAAAGGACCAAGUUUGAAGGGAGACCUGGAUGCCUCUGUUCCCAGCGUGAAGGUGCAUGCCCCAGGGCUUGACCUCAGAGGUGUCGGUGGAAAGGUGAGGAUGGAAGGAGAUGGUGUGAAAAUGCCGGGGAUUGAUGCCACAGCGCUAAACCUUGGCCUUGGCGCGCCGGACGUGACCCUGAAGGGACCAAGCCUGCAGGGAGACUUGGCUGCCUCUGGUGACAUCAAAUGCCCUAAGGUAUCAGUAGGUGCCCCUGAUCUCAGCUUGGAGGCACCUGAAAGUGGCAUUAAACUUCCCAAAAUGAAGCUGCCCCAGUUUGGCAUCUCCACACCAGGGUCCGACUUGGACAUCAGUGUCAAGGGGCCACAAGUGACCGGAGAACUAAAGGGGCCAGGUGUGGAUGUGAACCUCGGAGGCCUGAACCUGAAAGGGCCUCAGAUCUCUGGCCCUCAAAUCUCAGCACCAGACAUGGCCUUGAACUUGGAAGGACCAAAAAUAAAAGGGAGCCUCGGGGCCACUGGUGAGGUGAAAGGCCCCGCUGUUGGAGGAGGCCUUCCGGGCAUCAGCGUGCAGGGCCUCGAAGGAAACCUCCAGAUGCCUGGGGUUAAGGCCUCUGGAUGUGAUGUGGAGCUGUCAGGUGUGAAUGUGAAACUCCCAACAGGGCACAUUUCUGGUCCUGAAAUCAAAGGCGAUCUGAAAGGUUCGGGAAUAGGUUUCCAGGGUGCUGUUCCUGACGUUAGCGUGAAGGGGCCUUCAUUUAAUAUGGCAUCUCCUGAGGCAGAUUUCAGUGUCAGCUUGAAGGGCCCGAAAAUCAAAGGAGGUGUGGAUGUAUCAGGGGCUGUCAGCGCCCCGGCUGUCAGUCUGGGUGAAGGGCAUAUGAGUGUCAAAGGUUCUGGGGGUGAGUGGAAAGGACCCCAGGCCUCCUCCGCUCUCAACGUGGAUGUGCCUAAGCUUGCCGGGGGACUUCAUUUCUCAGGACCAAAGGUAGAAGGACUCCAGGGUCCUGGGCUGAGUGCGUCUGGGUCUCCAGGCCACUUGGAAAGCAGAUCUGGAAAAGUAACAUUCCCCAAAAUGAAGAUCCCCAAAUUCACCUUCUCUGGCCGGGAGCUGGUUGGCAGAGAAGUGGGGGUGGAUAUUAACUUCCCGAAAGUGGAGGCCACUGUCCAGGCUGGUGCCGGAGAGGGCGAGUGGGAAGAGUCCGAUGUAAAACUUAAAAAGUCCAAAAUCAAAAUGCCCAAGUUCAAUUUUUCCAAACCUAAAGGGAAAGGUGGUGUCACUGGCUCACCGGAAGCAUCCAUUUCAGGGUCCAAAGGCGACCUGAAGAGCUCCAAGGCCAGCCUCGGUUCUCUGGAAGGAGAAGCAGAGGCUGAAACAUCGUCGCCCAAAGGCAAAUUCUCUUUGUUUAAAAGCAAGAAGCCGCGGCACCGCUCAAAUUCCUUCAGUGACGAAAGGGAGCUGUCUGCGCCUUCCACCCCGACGGGGACUUUGGAGUUUGAAGGUGGGGAAGUGUCACUGGAAGGCGGGAAAGUCAAAGGGAAACCCGGAAAGCUGAAAUUUGGUACCUUCGGUGGAUUGGGGUCAAAGAGCAAAGGCCAUUAUGAGGUGACUGGGAGCGAUGACGAGGCAGGCAAGUUACAGGGCAGUGGCGUGUCCCUGGCCUCUAAGAAGUCCCGACUGUCCUCUUCUUCUAGCAAUGACAGCGGGACUAAGGUUGGCAUCCAGCUUCCCGAGGUGGAACUAGUCCUUUCCAAGGAGUAG